AUGCUGUUGGCUGCUUCUGGGAGCAACAUGAGGCCAGGGCAGACAGGGAGCCUGCCUUAGCCCUGCUGCGCUGCCGGAGUUUUGGCAGACGGAGACUGCGAUUGACUGGCAGAGGCUCCACAAUUGACCAAUCGAUCGCGAUCUACCGAUUGGUGACCACUGCUCUAAGGCUUAGGCAGGAGAUAGGUGUCUGGAUGCCUAGCUGGAGGCAGCAGUGUGCAUGCCCAUAGGCAGAAAUCUAGACACCUAGGGAAUGUUUACUCUGGAAAAACUUAGGCACCAAGUGAGUUUAGGCACCUAAAGGAAUCAGUGAAAGUUUUGUGGAUCACAGUGGAGCCAAAACUGGGAGCUGGGCACCUAAAUCUGAGGCUAAGGUGCCUAAGCAUCAGGUUUAGGUGCCUAAAUCCCUUCAUGGAUCCCAACCAUAGAGCCUAGCAGCCCCAAUCGUGGACAUGGGCCAGGACCCCAUUGUGUAAGGUGCUGUACAAACACAGAACAAAAAGAUGAUCCUGGCCCCAAAGAGCUCAUAAUAUAAGACUGAAAUAGCGGGGCGCAACCCCACACUUAAUUUUAGAAAAUAUCUUUGUUUCUAAAAUAUUCUGCUCAGUCUUAUUUUCAAACGCUGUUUAAUUCUGUGAUGCUUUUAUUUUUCUCUUCCUUUUGAACCCAAGUAGCGGGAGACAGAGAUGCUGUUUAUCCUAGAACAUUGCAAAUGUCCCUGUUUGUUUUGAAUGGCAGUUGCAGGACAGAAAUGUCACACUACAAAAAGAUUAUCUUCCAGCACAGUUCACAAUCCCUUUGGGAGCUCUCAGAAUGCUUUUGAGGUGGCUUUAGACCUAUGAUGAAAUGAGUCCCUAGGAAUGCCAGGAGGAGACAUGGCAAAACCACUCCUAGGUCGCCGGAAUAUGGAGAGCAAUCCAGAUCUCGCCCCGGCUGCUGGCCGAACCGUAGGGAUCCUGGGAAGUGGAGACUUUGCACGCUCAUUGGCUACACGUCUGGUGUACUCAGGUUUCCAGGUGGUGGUCGGAAGCCGCAAUCCAAAGCGCUGUGCAGGCCUCUUUCCUUCAGCAGCUGAAGUAACUGCCCAGGCGGAUGCUGCAAAGAAGACAGAUGUUAUUUUUGUGGCAGUUUUCAGGGAACAUUACUCCACGCUCUGUGACCUGACGGAUGUGCUGGCUGGCAAAAUACUGGUGGAUGUCAGCAACAACACUGAAAUUAACCAUCACAAAGAAUCAAAUGCCGAGUACUUGGCUUCUCUUUUCCCAGCCUGCACUGUCGUCAAAGGAUUUAAUGUGAUAUCCGCAUGGUCCUUACAGACAGGUCCCAGAGACGGGAAUAAGCAGGUCUUGAUUUGCUGUGAUAAUCAAGAAGCCAAGCGUACAGUCGCUGAAAUUGCUCAGGUCAUGGGGUUCACCCCUGUGGACAUGGGCUCCUUGUCUUCAGCCUGCGAGAUCGAGAACAUUCCCCUGCGCCUCCUCCCAGCUUGGAAAAUCCCUGUCUUUUUGGCCCUGGGUCUCUUUCUCUGUUUCUACACCUACAACUUCAUCAGACAAGUUUUACACCCUUACAUCUGGGAACAGAAAAACAAGUUCUACAAGAUCCCAGUGGAGGUGAUCAAUAGCACGCUGCCCUGCGUAGCCUAUGUCAUGCUCUCUCUCGUUUAUCUACCCGGGGUCCUGGCCGCCUCCUUCCAGCUGCACUAUGGCACAAAGUACAGACGCUUUCCAGACUGGCUAGACCAAUGGCUGCAGCACAGAAAGCAGAUUGGCCUUCUGAGUUUCUUUUGUGCAGCCUUGCAUGCCGUGUACAGCCUCUGCUUGCCCAUGCGCCGAUCCCAUCGGUAUCAGUUAAUUAACGCAGCCGUCAAGCAGGUCAUGGAGAAGAAGACUGAUGCCUGGAUAGAGGAGGAGGUCUGGAGAAUGGAGAUUUACGUCUCUUUUGGAAUAAUGGCCCUAGGCCUGCUGUCAUUACUUGCCAUAACUUCACUUCCCUCCAUCGCAAACUCUCUCAACUGGAGGGAAUUCAGUUUCAUUCAGUCUACCCUUGGAUUUAUUGCCCUGGUAGUCAGCACCCUACACACCCUCACCUUUGGAUGGACAAGGGCCUUUGAUGAAAACCAAUACAAAUUCUAUCUGCCGCCAAGUUACACACUCACACUACUAGUGCCAUGUACUGUGAUCUUAGCGAAAAUAUUCUUUCAUUUGCCCUGUAUCCACCAAAGACUGCGGCGCAUUCGGAACGGCUGGGAAAAGGGAAGGCGUUGGAAUAUUGAAGAACAGGCUGUGCUGACACCUGCUGGCUUUCUCUUCAGACAAAGAUACAUCACACGAGUAGCUCUUGGGCUUUGUUAUAGUUCUCCCCACUCAUUGCACACAACUCUAUGUUUAAACCAAGAAGUGGACAGGGUUUUGUUAUGCGCGAUUUUCUGAGUACCUGUUUCAGAAGGAUCCUUUGACACUCUCCUCAUUCAGGUCAUGGCUGGGACAUACCUUCUGUUUCGGGAAGGGCACACAUCCCUUAAUAGGUGCAAAAAAGAGUUGUGCACCACUAGAGUGAGCCUUUGCUGUCCCAGCUGUACAGCAAAUGCUGCAUCCAUGAAAACCUGCUGCAGUGAAGACAUGGGCGGGGGGUGGGGGCAAGAAGGGAAAAGAAGAAAAGCACAAGGAAGGACUGAAUGGAUUGAGCCAGAAAAGGGAAGGCUUGACAAGUUACCUUGUCUAAGGUAGGAAACAACCAGUCCAGUGCCACAAAGAGCUGCAAAAAGAAGUCUCACCUCUCCUGCCCCUCUUUACUAGGCUCAUUCAUAAUUGGCAGGUCUCUGUGCAGAAGUCCAGCAAAAAGAAAUAAUGGGGAAAAAAUCCGGUCUCAAAGAAAAGCAGAGCUCUCCUUGAAACACUGCCAGACAAUAUAUAAAGAGGGGCAAGGUGGGCGAGGUAAUAUAUUUUUGGACACACGCUUUGAAGCCACACCAAGCUCUUCUUCAGGUCUGGGAAAUGUAGGCUAUGUCUACACUACCACUUAUGUCGUGUAACUUAUGUCACGCAGGGAUGUGAAUAAAAUACACCCCACUGCCACACCUUGGUGGUGGAUUAAUUAUGCCGACGCGAGAGCUUUCUUGCAUUGUCGGCACAGAGCAGCUAUACUAGAGAUCUUACAGUGGCGCAGCUGCAUUGGACAGGAUAGAUACCGAGUGUCACAGCUAAAUACGAGGUGAAACAGACUGUUUAGCGUUAAGUAGUUAACACAUAUUGUAAAAGACCAUUCAAGGUGAAGUGGCCUAUUAACACCUCCAGUCCUAGGGAGGAAAGGGGGGGGCAACAACUGGGGGGGCAGCUUUUAGUGGGUUAUAGAUUGUUGUUAUAAGCCAUAAAGCCAGUGUAGACAGACACACAACUUUUGCAUUUGUAUGUAAUUUAAAUGCUGGUCUACACUGCCAAGUUUGUUCACGAAAAGGCAGCAGAGGUGUAUGCAUUGCAAAGCCACUUUUUUGCACCGACACUCCUCAGUUGCAGCGCUGUAAAAAAACCCACGUUGACAAGAAUCAUAAGGCUUUUUUGCACCAAGGCUUUAUCGCCGUAGUGCCAGUGUAGACACCAUGCCUGAUUUUAGUGCUGUAUUUGGCCUCCGGAAGGUGUCCCACAAUGCCCAUGCUGAUCACUCUGGUCAGCAGUUCCAAACCUUCUGCCCCUCCCCCUUUAAAGCCCUAGGAAUUUUGAAAUUCCCCUUCCUGUUUGCUCAGCAUGCGGAGCUCACAUCACAUCCUCCCUGGUGACCACUGCGGCUCCACAGUCCUACCCGUUUUUCAUUAGUUGUCCCAAGUACUCAUUGGAACCCGGGUCCAGUGCUCCCUCCCACGGGGCUGGGAGAGGGGCCUUUAGACAUGGGCGGGCUUGCACCCACCUCCCAGGUUUUUCCAAUAAGGCUUCACGCAGCAAACCAUCUCCCAUUUUGACUACUGCAGAGCUACUGAAUCUGAUGAGUGGGGAGGGGAGGCUGUCCAGUCCCAGCAGUGCACCAGCUGUAGGAAUUUCAAUAUCUAUGGCCAGAUUGCGUGCAGAUUGCGUAAAAAGGGCUAUGAUCGGGACAAGCUGCAGUGCAGUGCAAAGAUGAAGGAGCUGAGGAACGCGUACCACAAGACAAGGGAGGCAAACCAUCGCUCCAGUGCUGUGCCCCAGACCUUCCAUUUUUAUAAGGAGUUGGACUCUACCCUAGGUGGCGACCCAGCCUCCACCCCUAAGAGCACCAUGGAUACUUUGUCAGGUCUGGAGCCAGUGGAAAGUGGUCCUAACCCAGAGGAGGAAGUCAUUGAUGAAGAGGAGGCUGAAGAUGUGGAGCCCACGGCAGGGGGUGCAUCCAGUCAGAAGCUGUUCUUCACUCCAGUGGUGGAUCACCAGUCUCAGCAGUCGCUCUCUGGCAAGCCUGGAGACCCCUGAUAAGUGGUUUUGCUUUGUGAAGUUCUGAAGCGGGUUGAGGGCAGAGAAAUGUACAAGGCUGGCUGUGUUUGUGUGUUAGGCAUUUCCACACGCAGCUAGGCAGAAUGACGGAACAGGGAGUUGAUGCACUCCAGGAUUUCACAAGACUCCUCCAGAGAAAAACUUUUCUGGAGGUACUCAGCGAUUCUCUGCCAGAGGUUCCUUGGCAGAGCUGCUUUGUUCCUUCCCCCAUUGAGAGACACUUUCCUGCACCACUCUUCAAUUAUUUGGGCAAGGACCAAAGCUGCACACAGGCAAGCAACGAAGGGACCAGGGCAGAAGUUGCAAGCAUGCAGCAGAUGCACCUUUGCUUCCUUCCUCAGGAGUGAGAUUUUUUCCAUAGUCACCCCCACCUGUGGAAAACGGUAGGAGAGUUUAAAGUGUUGACCCCCAUAAAUACCCCGCGACCCUUUCACAUUGCUUUUCUGGGUUCACUCUCCAUUCUUGGGGUGUUCUCCGGCAUGUGUGCUUGCUUAGGGUCACCGAGAAAGUGAUA